UUCCGAUUCGCCACCGCAAGAAGCAUGAGCCUCUACGCGCCGCCGACGACGGCCGAGAUGCUGCAGCUCAACGCUGCGGACGCGUCGUCCGUGUACACGACCAACUUCCUCCGGCUGCAGACGACGCAGCUGCUCGACGAGGUCCGCAUCGCCUACGACAAGGUCGGUGGCGUCAACCCGAUCCUCGUGGCCAUCAAGCAGUGCUUGGACGCGCUGCCCGAGCAGCAGGUCACGUCGUCGUGCUUGGCCAUGCCGGGCCUGCCCACGCGCAACCUCCUCAAAGAGGUCGCGCUGCAAUUCGCGCCGCCCGCGCGCCUCGACGUGCUGGGCUCGCACACGCUGCGCCAUGGCAUCAAGAAGGCGAGUAGCUUGACCAUCGACUUGGCCGUGACGAUGCCGUCGUCCUGCUUUGUGCCCAAGGACUUUCUCAACUACCGGUACCACGACAAGCGCAACCUGUACCUCGGCGUGCUCGCCGGCAGCCUUCAAACGCUCCAGGUCGACGGCGCCGCCGUCGUCGCAUCGAUCCGCGUCACGAGCUUCCAUGGCGACGCCAACAAGCCCGUGCUCGUCGCGUCGCUUGCCAAGAAGAUCAAGGGCCAAUCCAUCAUCCUGCACGUGUACCCGGUCCUUUCGGAGGACUGCUUUAGCGUCGCCAAGCUCAACCCGGGGCGCAGCAACAUCCGCAGCGAGCCGGCUGCACCCACGCCGCGCUACAACAACGCAAUCCUCGAGGACAUGCGCAUGCUGAGCCACCUCAAGGCGCUCCACACGGUCGCGUCGCAGUCACCGGCGUUUGUCGAGGCGUGCAUGCUCACCAAAGUGUGGCUGCGCCAGCGAUCGCUCGACAUGAACGGCUUCCAGGCGUCCAUGCUGCUGCUCUACCUCGUGCACAUGAAGAAAAUCCACCUCACAACGAGCAGCGAUGCCAUGUUCAAGAUCUGGCUCCAGUUUCUCGCCUCGUACGACGUGAGCACGCCGCUGGUGUUCCCCGCCGACGGCGACGUUGUCCCGACCGAGGCCGCGCUGCACGUGUUUUCGGACGCAUUCGACGUCGUUUUCCUCGACGCCUCGAACCGCCUCAACCUCUUUGCGUCGCUCUCGACCUCGGGCUUUGCGGAAAUGCAGUGGCUCGCGCAGCAGUCGUACCACUGGCUGUCCCAGGGCACGCUCCUCGACUUUCAGCGCGUCUUCAUCCUCCAGCACUCGGUCUACGCGCGCUACGACGAGUACCUUCAUGUGCCGCUGCCCAAGGCCAAAGCCAACGCCGUCCCGACGCUCGAGGUCGACCUCGAUGUGGCCUGGCCCGCCUACGUGGCGGCGCUCGCGACCAAGGCGCUCGGAAACCGCGUCGCGCGCGUCAAAUCGCUGAUUACGCCGGCGUCGACGUGGACACUGCAAGGCCGCCGCCCGCUGCCAACGUUCCUGACCCUCGGCCUCUCGAUUGUGCCGGAGCACGCCACGCGCAUCGUGGACAAGGGGCCGGAUGCCGACGACACGGUCGCGGCGGCCGAGUUCCGCGCGUUCUGGAAGACCAAGGCGGAGCUGCGUCGCUUCAAGGACGGCGCGAUCGUCGAGGCGGUCGUCUGGGACGACGUCAAGCCCCACGAGAUUCUAUGCGCGAUCGUGUCGUACAUUGUGCUGGCGCACUGCCCGAGCAUCGGCGACAUCACGUCGUCGAACGCGACGCUGCUCGAGGCGGACACGGAUGCGACCGCGUUUGCCAAGCACGUGCCCGCGCUGCAGAAGACGUGGAACGCGCUCGGCGCGACGCUCCGGUCGCUCGACGACGUGCUUCCGCUCAAGGUUAAGGACGUCCAGCCCGUCGCGCCCGCGUACCGCUACACGAGCGAGUGCCCGCCGCUGCCGCAUCCGCUGGCGUCCAAGACGCCGAUUUCGGUCGCCUCCAAGUACAUUUCGACGGUCGUCGAGCCGGUGUUGGUCGUGCUCCAGUUUGAGUCGUCCUCGAGCUGGCCGACGACGGCGGACGCGCUGGCGAAGGCCAAGCUCGGGUUUUACGUGCACCUCGCGCACGCGCUCGACGAGCACAAGUCGCGCGCCUACACGUGCCACGUGUUUGCGACCGGCGUCGACGUCGCGGUCGACGGCUACGUCUUCCGCCUCCUGCUGCACACGGAGCGCGACCGGUCGCUCUGCGCCGACUUUGGCGCGCGGCAGUACGCGGUCCCGCACGCGAUGCAGCUGCACGCGCUCCAGAGCCGCCACCCGAGCUUUGCGCCGACCGUCCGCUUUGUGCGCACGUGGCUCGAGUCGCAACUCUGCGCGUCGCUUCUCCGCCUCGAGACGGUCGAGCUCCUCGUCGCGUCGCUCUUCCUCUCGAAAGAGGCGCCGCCGACGUCGAUCCUCUCGGGCUUUACGCGCUUCCUUACGCUGCUGGCGUCGCACCCGUGGGCCGAAGAAGCGCUUAUCGUGGACCUGCAGGAAACGUGGAGUGAGAAGGACCACCGCGAAGUGCAGAAGCGCUUUGACGCGUCGGUGACGCAGCCAAGCACGCACCCCGGCCUCUUUGUCGCGGCGUCGUACGAAGCGAUGGACACGCUCUCGAGCUGGAGCCGCGGCAGCGUCCACGGUACCGACGAGCGUGCGAUGGUCCAUCGCCUCGUGUCGCUGGCGCGGGCGACGACGGUGUCGUGGUUGCACUGGCUCAAGACGGGCGGGGCGCCGCACGCGUGGCAGAGCUGCUUUGCCCACAUCAUGGACUAUGACGUGGUCUUGCACCUGGACACGGACGCGCUGCCGUCGACGAAGCUCCACUUGAGCAGCAAGGGACCGUUUGGGAUGGCGUACUACAAGAACAUGCGGCCGGACGCGUCGGCGCUGUACCUCGGGCUGGACCCGCUCUCGACCGUGGUCGUGGCCCUCCGCGCCCGCCUCGCCGACUUUGGCCUCGUGUUUGCCAACAAGGAGGUGAUUGCGAUUCGUUGGAAGCCGACCGCGUUUCUACCGACGCGGUUCCGUGUCAUGAAGGCGACGCACCUCUUGCCGCUCGAGAACGACAGCGGGUCGGCGGUGCCGCAGAUCUUUUCGCUGCUGCGCGAGAUCCAGGACAUGACGCAUGGCAUCGUCGCCCGCACCGAGCUCAAGGCGUAAGCGACUCUAUAAGUUAAUACUCGACGACUGUAAUCCAUUGCUCAUGUCGCACCGU